CUUGGACCCCCCCCUGACCCCCCCCCCCCCCCCCAUGCCCCAGGGCCGGCGGCUUUGGACCCUGCGGCUGCCGGGGGGGGCGGCGGCGCUGGCGGGGGGGCGGCUGCCGGGGGGGGCGGCGCUGGCGCUGCUGGCGCUGGAGACCCGGGAGCUGCGGCUCUACCGGGGGAGGAGCCUGGUGGCGGUGCUGCAGAGCCCGGACGUGGUGACCGGGCUCUGCUUCGGGCGCUACGGGCGCGAGGACGGGACCCUGCUCAUGGCCACGCGCGGUGGGUGCGGGCACCCAUGGGUGCUGCA